CACGGUUUUCUCUCAAUAAAAACCCCAAACCCUUCACACACCAAGUCAAUUAGACACAGAUAGGGAGAGAAAAGUGAGAGAAAUUUCUUAAACUGCCAACAUACGUGUACUUAUAGCAAGUUAUAGAGAGAAAAAUGGGAAGGGCUCCUUGUUGUGACAAGGCAAAUGUGAAGAAGGGACCAUGGUCACCUGAAGAAGAUGCACAGCUCAAAGAGUUCAUCGAGAAAUAUGGCACUGGUGGGAAUUGGAUUGCUCUACCUCAAAAAGCCGGUCUGAAAAGAUGCGGGAAAAGCUGCAGAUUAAGGUGGCUUAAUUAUUUGAGGCCUAAUAUUAAACACGGUGAAUUUUCUGAUGAGGAAGAUAGAAUAAUCUGCACACUAUAUGCAACCAUUGGAAGCAGGUGGUCAAUCAUAGCUGCGCAGUUGCCAGGGAGGACGGAUAAUGAUAUCAAGAACUACUGGAACACCAAGCUAAAGAAGAAGCUCAUAGGCAAAUUGACCCCAGAUUACCAAGGAAAAAUGUCAUCAUUUUCUGCAACUCUUUCUCAAUCACUCCCAAAUCUGUCCCAAUUAUAUAAAGAUAAUCUCAACUCAUUAUACACCCCAACAAAAUCCCUUUCAGGAUUUGACUCCUCUUCACUCCCGCAAAAUUUUCUCUACAAUAAUAAUAACACUCCUUCAUUUACCAAUCAAUGUUCUUAUUACUCUCAAAAUCAAGAGAGUCUGAUGGAUUUGAAAUAUUAUCCUGUGAAAGAUCAGAAUAUGCUAAUGUUUGGUGGAAAUGAAGCAAGUUGUUCUUCAUCUGAUGGAAGUUUCAGUCUUAUCAGCUACAGAAAAGAUGUAAAACAGGAAGAAAUGGGCUGUUUUCAGGGUUUCUUGAUUGAAGAAAAUAAAAAAUUUAUGCUUGAUUAUGGAAAGAUCAAUAGUGAUGAUCCCCUCAGUACAUUUUCCGAUGAUCAUGAAAAGGAAAAUGGGAUUUUUGGCAACAGUCAGUUACAAUAUGAUCUCGAGGAAGUUAAGGAACUAAUUAGUACUGGAGAUGGCAACAAUAUGUUCUUCUUGAAUUAUGAAAACUGAUUGUACAUACAAUCAGAAAGAUUGUGGGAUUUAGAUAAAGCAGUUUCUGGGAUUUUGUGUGUGUGAUGGAAUUGAAUGAAAAAUCUACUUUUUUUCUUUAAAGA